CUCUUUCCUUGUAGUCUGCCUUUUUCUCAUUUCUCCUCCUGUAUUUCUCUCAGAAUAAUGUAUGGUUUCUGUUCUGCAUCCUGCACUCAUCCAUUGCCCAUAUCUUUUACAGUUGGUUGGUCGCUCUUUUUUUUUACCUAUAACAUUAGUUCCAUUUUACUGUUGACAUCUUGUCAGGUGGAACUCAUUGGCCACAGCAGUAGUUCCAUCUCCAUCCCUGAAUUGUACACAUCACAGCUGCAUCCCCUGAAGGCACUUGUAGAACAUGGCAUUGGUUGUGUAAUUGUCUUUGAAUACUUAUUUUUCCAGUUGCAGGUCAAGGAUAGGGGUACUAUAAGGGAGGAUUUGCAGCAGGAUCUGACACUGAUUGUCCAAAAAUAUCAGAAAUCAGGUGUCCAAGAGAUUGUCAAUGCAUGUAUUGCUGAAGCCUUUCAGCAGCAUGGUGACAGGGUGGAUGAUUUGUGCCCCAUGCUUGUGGGUAUAGCACAGGCAAACCAGAUGUGUAAGACAUAUUCUUUACCACAAUGCUGGAAGUCCUAUUUGAAUUGUCCACAGCAAAGAAAUUCCUGGAAUGAAAUAAGACAAUUUCAGCUCUUAUGUACUUCACUAUUCUUGGUGAGUCCCUUGGUUUCCAUCUACUAACCAGUAUGAAGAUUUAAUUUGCAGCAUCCCAAUGCCUACCAGUGUCUUUUUGUGAAAUCCCCUAUUACUGUAGAAAAUCAUGUGAAAUUUGGUAUCUGUUUGUUAUUGUGUACAUUCAUGUCUUCUCAUAUAGUUCUAUGCCACAUUCAAAUUUGAGUCCUGGUUUCUUGCCAUCAGUGGUUGGGAAUUCAGAUUCCUUUGUAUAACCCCAUAUAGAUUGCUGGAAUAUGGCAAUUUAUACAACUAUUUCCC